GCUUCUUCGCCGCCCUCCUCUCUAGCUUCCCUUUUGAAGUUCCAAGCUUUUUCUGACCGGAGAGACGACUCUCAGCAAUGGCGGAUUCGAUUUUCAGAAAGCUAAGAGACGGUGGAGAAGAAGGCGAGCUUGCGCCAGCUCUGACCAUAGAGGAAACUGUUGCUUCCCCUUUUGCUCUCGAUGUCUCCUGCUAUCUCCUCGCAAAUCUAUCUUCAUCAAUCCUGGCUGGAAAAUCGAAGUCGGAGGGCCUCGUCCUCAUCACAUUCUCUCGGAGCCCUUCCUUCUAUUUGCACUUCUUGAAGCAACAAGGAAUUCUUGUCUCUUCAUCCUCUAAAUGGAUUCGUGUUUUGGAUUGCUACACUGAUCCUCUAGGCUGGAUUGGUCAACCUUCCACUGGUCUUCUAAGUUUAAUUAAGAUGCAAAAGGGUGUUAGUGACUUUAAGAGGCUUUUUUCUUCAGUCAUUGAAGCAGGAAGAGAGAUGGUUGGAGAUGGGAAGACACGUUUCUCUGUUGUCAUAGAUUCGGUGAAUGAACUGCUAAGACAUUCAUCCAUGCCAUUAGUUUCCAGUCUUUUAACAGAUCUUCGAAGCCACGCACAAGUUUCCAGUUUGUUUUGGUCAUUAAACACUGACCUUCACCAAGAGAAGGUCACCAAUGCACUGGAAUAUAUAUCCACCAUGAAAGCCAACUUAGAACCUUUGUGUCCAUCUUCCGAGGGGAAAAUGAAUGCUUUGGAAAACCUCUUCUUGGUUCAUCAGGAUUUUGGUAGAGGAUGGUUCCAUGUCCGGUUUAAGCUUAGAAAGGGACGCGUCAGAGUAAUGUCUGAAGAGUAUCAUGUUGAUCAAAUUGGUAUAAACUUUUCUCCCAUUUCCUCCGCCGAAUCUGUUAUUGCAGCCACCAAAAGCCUUUUGCCUAAAGUUCACUUCAAUCUACAGUUGUCUGAGAAAGAACGCGUUGAGAAAGAAAAAGUUAUCCUCCCUUUUGAGCACCAAGAUCAUGAAAAAUCGACGGAGAUUUAUGAUGGGCGGAGAAAUCUUGCGGAUGGCAAGACUGAGGCAACACCAUUGUCUUCAGGAGAGUUACAGACUGAUGCGGUUUCAUCAGGUAAAGGUGGAGAGAUUAUAUAUUUCAGAGAUUCGGACGAUGAGCAUCCGGAUUCUGAUGAGGACCCUGAUGAUGAUUUGGACAUUUAAGUACCAACCAGAGAGUGUGUGUGCUACACUACAGUUUUGGUUUUGGUCUUGGCAAGGUGCUUUGGGUUAUAAUCGCUGGGAUCUUUAUUGUUAGAUUUAUCAAACUUUGUACACUAAGAUAGCAGAUUUGUAACACUUGGAAGGAUUUUUUUUAUUUUGUUAUUGUUGCAUUAUCAACACAGAUUUAGUUUUAGAUGCAUAUGAAUUGAAUAGAAAUCAUCUUGUACUAAUCAAAUAUAUUCAGUCGCAAUGGUAAGUGUAUAAUA